GGCGCCAUCGGGACCCCUCGCCGAUCAAUCCGGCUCGAGCCACCGUGAGCACUAGGCAGUUAGCGAAAGGAGAGCGUUGAUGGCGGCGGGGAACGGAGAGGCCGCGGGGGCGUCGGCGGCGGAGAAGAAGGUAGAGUGCGCGAUGGUGUCGGAGGCUGCGGAGGAGGUGGCGGCGGUGGACGAGGUGGUGUUGGAUGCGGCGGAGAAGCUGCAGCCGGAGGUGGUGGAGGAGGUGUUGAAGGUGGAGGUGGGGAAGCGGGAGGAGGAGGAGGAAAGCGGCAGGAUGAUCACCCUGAAGAGCUCGGAUGGCGAGCUGCUCGAUGUGACGGAGGCGUCGGCGAGGCAGUCCCAGAUCUUCACGCAAUUGAUCGACUCCGGCAGCGCCGACCCGCACAUCCUGCUGCCCAUCGUCGACGCCGAGACCCUCAAGAAGGUGAUCGAGUACUGCGACAAGCACGCCACCGACAGCGACAACGAAGAGCUCGAGAACUGGGACGAGACAUUCAUCAACGAGCUGUACGAGGACAGGGAGCGCCUCUUCGAGGUCAUCAAGGCCUCCAACUACCUCUGCAUCGACGGACUCCUCAACCUCACCUGCGACAAGGUGGCCGACACGCUCAAAACCAAGACCCUCGAGGAGAUCCGCGAGGCCUACAGCAUUCACAACGACCUCACCGAGGAGGAGAAGGAGGAGAUCCGCCGGGAGAACGCAUGGGCCUUCAAGCGUCGGAGUAAAGGAGUAAAACGCAUGCAAUCCGACCAUCGGGAGGAGAGCGGCAGGAUGAUCACCCUGAAGAGCUCGGACGGCGCCCUGAUCGAGGUGGCGGAGGCGUCGGCAAGGCUGUCCAAGACCAUCGGGAACAAGAUCGACGACGGCCGCACCUACCCGUACAUCUUACUCCCCGAAGUCGACGCCGCGACCCUCGAGAAGAUAAUCGCGUACUGCAACCAGCACGCCGACAAGAAGUCCGACACCGUCGAGGAGAAAGAGUACCUCAAGAACUGGGACAAGACCUUCAUCGACGAGGUGGCCGGCGACACGGGCUUCCUCGUCAAGGUCGUCACGGCCUCCACCUACCUCAAGAUCGAUGGACUCCACGACCUCGCCUGCCUGAGGGUCACCGAGGCGGUCAAGGAAAAGAGCCUCGAGGAGAUCCUCAAGGCCUUCAACGUCAGCGAGUAGGAGACGCGCGCCAGGGCUUCGUGCGUGGAGUACACACCUGAACAGUAAGCCGCAGUGUCGUCGUCGUCGUCGUAAUGGUUGUUGUCUCGUAGUGUGUUGUGUCUCUGGUAGAUUCAGAUCCAGUCGGCUUAGGCUUAGCUUGAGUUCUUGCAUCCGGGAUCCUGUCCACGAAGAACAGAGUCGGCUGUGUCGUCGCCGUUGAAUGCUUUGAACUGCUGGAUCGCUUGCAUGAAGUGAAUCUUUUGCCCCCAAUUUGGUUGCUGCGUCUUCUUGGUUUUCAUGCAGUUCGUCUCCUUAUGUCUCCAAGACUACCACGUUUACUCCUUGGAAUAUGGUUCGCUGGUUGGAUUCCAAUCAAAGAUAUUCGGUUGUGUUUUGGGUGUAAGUUUUGGGGUUGAGUUUUGCUCGGAUUCAGGUGCGAAUAAUGCUGUAUUUCGUUUUGGAUUGAUCCCUACUGAUCCCUGUGUAUUUUCCUCGAGUUGUUUUGCUUCGUGCUGUUUAGAUAAUUAGAUUCCGGCAUGGACUGAAUAAUGAAGGGAAAACGUU